AUAGGAAGUCAAAAAAAUAAAAUAAAAAUUAUAUAUGUCACCGGGCACAUGUUAACAAACUGAAAUUUAUAUUGAACAUACAGAGAAAUUAAUAAAGGGUAAAAACUUGCGAUCAUUAGUUAAUUCUUUCUCACAGUUGGAAGAAUCAUCCAAUCAUGUUCAAAUCCUCCUGGGGUUCGGAAGAAGAGCAGGCGUGUGGAGAUAGACCUGCAUCCCGCAUUCCACCCGAGGCGGCUGGGAUCGUACAUGUCUUAAAAGACAAAAGCGCUAACGAGCUGCAUAAGCUUUUGUCUACCAAAGAUGCAUAUCAACAGUUUUUGCGUUCGCUUGACAUAGUACAAACUCAGAUUCGGCUAAGGGAUGAACUGAGAAAUGAAACUAUACAGCUUGCAAAUCACAACUUGGAAAAAGAGCCACACAUCAGGGAGCUGCGAAACCAAUGUCAAAUAAUUCGGGCCACUGAAUUGGCUACCGCUCGAGAAAAAUUCAAUGAGCUUGAAAAGCAGAAGCGAGAAAUCCUUCGAUUUUACUCUCCUGCAUCUUUGCUCCAUCGUUUGCAAGAAUCAAAGCACAAGAUAGAAGAGGAAUCAGAGUUUCUUGACGAACAACUUCUCAAUAGAGAGAUUGAUCUCAGCACUUUUGUGCAGAAGUACAAGCGCCUGCGCAGUUUGUAUCAUAAACAUGCCCUCACCCAUCUAGCAGCCAAUAUUACUGCGGUCAGUUAAAUUUAGAUUGUGCUUUCAUGAUUGUUGUACAUAGUGUGUACCUAAAGCUUUGCAAGCUAUAACUACCAUCUUAAACUUCACAACAUACAUGUGACUAGAAAACCGUUGGUUUUAAACUUUAUGAUGUAUAUAUCUGUUAUAUAGUUUCAUACUACAGAAUUUACUAUA